AUGGACAAUUCGAUGCAGAUGCUGGAUAAAGUAAUGACGAAGGCCACCGAGAUGAUGGAGAAUAUGGUGGAAGUCUCCUGUUUAAACUUAGAGAAAGAAAAAGUUAAACUUAGACGUUUAGAGUUAGAAGCAGAGAUUAAAAACGAGAAUAGAGAAAAAUUAGAGAAACCCGAAGUCAAGGUACAGAGGGCUGCUGCAGAAGAGAACAUGAAACAAGUAAAAUGCUACAGAUGCAACCAAAUGGGUCAUAUGGCGAAGGACUGUCCACUAAUAGAAUUUGGUGCCUGGUUUUGUUACUACUGCCAGGAAAAAAAGGGUAGAUUUGUGCAAAAAGGCACAAAAAGAGUAGAUAACAAAGGGAAAAUAACCAAGAUACAACCAGCCGAGAAACCUAUAUCAACGAAAACAGCAAAUGAGGGAGAAUCAGAAGAAGGAAAAGAAGAAAAGCUAUGCUAUGCAAAGUCAGAUCAAGACAAGGAAUUUACGGGAGGUGCUUUUAAAGAGGUAUUAAAAAGAGAAAAGAUAAAAGCCAUAUUUGCAUCACCGUACACUCCAGAACACAAUGAAGUUGCAGAAAGGUUCAACAGAACGUUGAAAGAGAAAAGUCAUGACAACAGAGCAGCAAGAAACUGCACUAAGAAGGAUAGAAGUUACAAACUUAAAAUGUUUGAUGACGACUUAGAGGAACUAAAGAAAAACUUAGAAGAAAAAGAAGAAACUGGAAACAGAAAACAUAUGGAUGACACUCAUGGAGAUUUUAUCAAGCAGUGUGUUGAUUAA